UUGUCCGUCUUGUCACGUGAUUGGAAAUCCCCAAGUGUUCUUAAGAUCAUUUUGCUAAGUGAAGUUCAGCACGCACACAGGCGCCUGAUGAUCGGAGCUGACUGCACGCGCUCACAGUAAAUCCCAGCCAUACAGAAUUGUGUUGUUAUUACGUCAAAAACCUUGGAAACAUGAGUGAAUCCAAUUACUACCAUCAGAUGCUUUUGGAUUUGUUAAGACAGUUAGCUCUUGAAAGACAGGGUCAACAGUCUUACUCAAGGCAUUUUAAGUCUCUACCAUACAGACAGAGAAAAAGUUAUUACUUCCGUCCACCUAGUCCAGAACCCGAAUUCCAGGAGUAUGACGAAUACUGCUCUAUCAUAAAAACUAGUAACAUACAUGACAUUCUGAGACGAGCACAACGAAGAUCUGGUGGACUGUUGGACAUAGACAGGAGAUGUUUACAACAUGUCAUUACGUUAAUAGAGAAAAUCACAGAACGGGCAGGUGCUGCGGUAUGGAAGGAUGCCAGACUUACCAUGCAAGGUAAAUUGAUUGAGGUCACACUUAAGUCUGGGUCACAGACAAAUAAGUUUGAAGUACGGCUAGAUGGUAAUGACGUGCCGUACGACAAGCAAAUUGAAUCUGGUUUACGACUGAAGUUCUGGAAUGGAUUGCACAGUGUUAAAGAGAAGGCAUCGAGUGUGUUUUCAUUUGUUGGUAGACUAUUGUCUGUAAUUCGUCCAGCAAUCGGGUGGUAUUAGUGAAAUACUGUUUUUGUUGUUGUUCUUCUUCUUGUUACUUGUUGUUGUUGGUUUUUUGUAUUCGUUGGAUGGAAAAUCAAAACAACUAAUACGCGUGUGCAGUGAUUAUUAUUGUACGUACCAAAACAACUGGUGCGCACGCGUAUUAAAAAUUUUUCCUCGAACGAAUACUCAAAUGUGCGCUAGAGGAACAACGUUGAAUCAUUAAGUGACAUUAUUUUUUAUAGCAAUGACCAUGAAGCUCCAACUGUUUAUUUUCUUAUUAUUUGUUUUAUUAAAAAUACUCAAAAUUUCAUUUCAUAAAUUUAGAUGAGUUUAUGUAAUUUGUGUCAUUAAUAAUACCACCGGAGUUAGUAUUUUCAUUUACUAUUAUUACGGUAAAUCAAUAAAUGUGUAGUACAAGUACACUGGCUUACAUCUCAUUGCAUUCCAAUGAUUGUAGAUUUAGUUUCAGUUUUUCAAUUGUUCAGCGUCCGUCCAUUCAUGUUUUUGUAAGAAAUUUGAAUAGGAGGGGUCCGUGGGCAAAAUAUCGACCCCGUUUUGUAGAUUUUAUUUUAAUCCGCGUAUGAAACUCUUUCCCCUAGAGACGGCACAUUUGUCCAGAAUAAAAAGAGAAAGCUAGUACGGUUGAGUAAUAAUUUAGUUUUUUCUAUAUUGUAUUAGUAUGUAAUAUUUUUUACAAUUAACCCAAUGAGUUGUUUUAUAAUCUACAGAUAUUUAAAAAAACACCAUGACAUUACAAGUAAACUAAAUAAUACUGUGAUUAUCAUUAUAUAUUAAAUCCAACAAAAUGUAAGUUACUUAUUAUAGCGUCUGUCGGGAAUUACGGAGAUGUUACUAAAAAUAGAACUGUCGUAAUCAUAGAAAUCGGUACACCGAGUAAAACUAGAGGGCGUGAUUACAAUAAAAGAUAUUUUCAAUACCAAA